AAAUGAAAAUACAAAAAAAUUUAUACCGGAGAUCAUCUCUGUAACGUAAAAUAUGUAGAGUUUCCAUUCAAACGGCAACGUCGGAAUCUCCUCCAUUAGCCCUAGAAAAUACCUCGCCUCUCCACAGCUGUCGUAGAUGUCUGCAAUGAAUAAUCUUCCGCCGGAUAUUAUCGAAGCAAUACUCCGGCGCCUGCCGGAGAAAUCCCUCGGCCGGUUCAAAUCCGUAUCAAAACAAUGGUGCUCGCUAAUUUCCGAUCCCCAAUUCAUCAAAACCCAUCUCCAUCAACACAGCCACCAUAAAACCAGUAAAUUGAUUCUCGUUUCCGAUACAAAAUGCCUCUACUCAGUCGAUAUCAACGAAAUCGUUCCGCAUCUCAAAUUUGACGACAUACCCGCAACCGGAAAUGAAAUAACUUUCCGGCCACCUUCGAUCAGGUGGGAAGGUAUCUUGGGGUCUUGCAACGGGCUUGUUUUAGCGAUAGACGAAUAUGACAUACUCUAUCUCAUGAAUCCAACCACACGUAAGAUCUCGAAACUUCCCCUUUCCCCUUUUGCACUCCCGAUUAGUGAGAGUUUUGAAAUGUAUGGAUUUGGAUACGAUUCAUCCACCGACGAUUACAAAGUAAUCGCGAUUUCUUUCUGGGACACCGACAACGAGCAUAAUCCUGAUUGCACCGAUAUGUUCGUCAAUGUCUAUACCCUGAGCAACAAUUCAUGGAGGAAAUUGCCUAAUUCUCCUUAUGAUCAUGCUGUGGGCCAUCUCGUUAGUGGGGUUCUCGUCAAUGGGAGCCUUCACUGGUUAACAAGCACACGACCCAAUUACUCAUCAACCAUUAUUGCGUUUAAUUUAGCUAACGAGAAGUUCAAAGAAAUUGAAUUACCUGAUUCGAUUGAUAACUACAAAGCUGUUUUCAACGAGCUUGUUGUUAUUGGUGGGAAGCUUUGUCUUUUUAACCAACUGGGUAAUGAUUUGUGGGUGAUGGAGGAGUAUGGAGUUGGUAUGUCUUGGACCAAGGUUUCCAUCCAUGGAGUCGAUAUAGAUAAUGUGAAGCCUAUUUGUUCAGUUGAUGACAGCAAUCGGGAUAUUGUUUUGGGUGAUGAAGAUGGAGUUAUUAUAUACAAUGUUGAUGAGAGAGUAUGCAGAAAUGUAAGGAUCCUAAGGGGUCCAACUAGAUUCACCAUUGGAGGGGUUGUUUUGCAAAUAAUUGAAUGCUGUGAAACUGGGCUUAGGACUCCAUGGAAUGGAGUGUUGGAACCUAAAAGCGAACCUCUAGCAAUCCUAAGUCCCAGUAGCAAUUCCGAAGUAUGUAUGUUCUGAACUGAAGAGUGGUCCGGAAUCUAUCCGGAACUGAAGAGUUGAAGAAGAGAUGUUUAGAAGUGAAGACAUUCCGGAAUUGUCAUCAUGUCCGGAAUGUGCGCUGAUCUGAAAUGAAUAUUUUGUCCUUAUGAAAUUAAUGAAAUUUGUCUUUGUAUUGAUCUAACACUUCAUAGGACUUAGUCUUUUUGUAAAGUUAGACAAUCAAAAUGUCAGGAACUUCUCUAUUGUUUUGUUCUAUGUUAGUUUCUCAGUUUAUUCAUUGUAUCCUACACUCCUAUUUAAAGGAGCUUUCAAUGCAAAGUUAACGA